GCUCGUGUUCUCUCUGUUGGCAAGGAUGGCACAUCAGGCCGACGCGAAACGCGCGCUCGAUGAGCGAGGGUAUACGGGCACGUUAGUCCGCGGCGACAACCCGCUCAAACUCUUCGAAAAGCCCGUUCGCGACCGCAUUGUCGAUUCGUACUACUGGAAAGAGCAAUGCUUUGGCCUCAACGCUGCAACUCUGCUUGAUCGCGCAGUAGAGUUGACCUUCAUCGGCGGGACAUACGGUGUUGCGCAGAAACCGACGCCAUUCUUGUGCCUGGCAUUCAAGCUUUUGCAACUUCUUCCGGAGCGCGAGAUCAUCACCUUCUACCUCGAGAAAGCAGGCGAAGAGUUCAAGUACCUCCGAGCUUUGGCAGCUUUUUACAUUCGAUUGGCGUGGGAGAAGGACGAAGAGGUCUAUGCAACGCUCGAGCCAUAUCUCGCGGAUAGCAGGAAGCUGAAGAGGCGCACAAGAGAAGGAUGGGCAUUGACACAUAUGGAUGAGUUCAUGGAUGAUCUGUUAAACAAGACAAGAGUCUGCGCUACUACACUGCCCAAAAUCAACCCGCGACUGCAGCUUGAGGAUGCUGAUAAGCUGGAGCCGAGAGAAAGUGCCCUCGGGGAUGAGCUAGAAGAGCUGGAUCGGGACGAUGAGGAACACAUUGAGAACAGUGAGAACAGUGAAGGAGAAGUGCAAGAGAACGGACACUCCAAUGGCAACAGAGACAGUCGCAGCGGGUCUGAGAGAAGCAGAGACGGGAGCGAUGCGAACAUGAGCGAUGCCGAUUGA